UGACUUCCGAGUCUAAAAGAGCCUCAAAACGGUCUUUGACCACAAGCGUUCUACACCCAAGUCUGGAACCGUGGAAAAUCAACAAAACUGCGUCAACCGCCGAAGCCAUUACUAGCAGGACUACCAGGACAAGGAAUAGACCGCGCUGAUAUGAUCCAUCGGAAAUGGGACGGCAACAGGACCGUUGCGGAUGCCGCUACCACAUUACAACGUUACGGGUACCUUGCCUUACGGAGUACGCGAACAUCUCGAUGGCCCCCCAUUUCAUGAUUGGGCACCAAUUUCAAUUGGUUCCAAGGAUUAUGACGUCCCGUCGGCCCGCCCCAUCUCAGGUCAAAACUUGCACUCAGGCGAUCUUUUUUGCUGCUAGAGAUAAGAGUUUUAUCUGUUAUUGAUUCAGUCUCUCUCCAUCUCUUUUCAGUGCGACGCGCUCAGAGACCUUUCUUCUUUUUUCCCCCUUUUCCACAACUUUUCAAAGACGGAAUGCUUCCCUGCUAGCAAUAACGACGCUGGAGGCGUCGAACUUCAUGAGAAGAAGUGAUUAUACACACAUACCGAAUACCCAGUUAUCCCAAGGGCUGAAGUCCCCGCCGCACACGCGACCCAGAACCGCACAGCACACGACCAAAAACUUAUACUUUAGGCGAUAAGCAACGUUAGUUGUGUUUAUUCUCAACUGCCCGAUGGCCGCUCCACAAAUCACAACACCAACGUCAGCACCCGAAGUUAUUCCGGGCACGCGACGACUCUACGAUGAGAACGGCAACAAUUUACCGGGCGAUGCCUCGCUCCUGAAGCACGGCGACAUCGUCCUUGUGCCUCAGCCCACCGAGAGCCCCAACGAUCCCCUGCGGUGGUCACUGGCCCGCAAGAUCUGGCACUCGUGCCUUGUGCUCUACAUUGUUGGUCUCACAGCUGCUACCUCCAACAAUGCGGGUUCCGGCGCGGAUGGCGUGAACGAGGAGUACGGAAUCAGCUAUGACGCCUUCAACACCGGUGCCGGUGUGCUGUUCAUUGCGAUUGGGUAUUGGACCCUGCUGAGUUCGCCGUUGGUGCACUUGUACGGCCGCCGGCUGGGGUAUCUGAUCUCCAUGAUUGUUAACAUUGGUGGUCUCAUCUGGUAUGCUCGCAUCACCAAUGUUGGCGGCGUGGUUUGGUCGCAGCUGUUUGUUGGUGCUGCUGAGUCAGUCGGCGAGGCGACUGUGCAGUUGUCGCUUCUCGAUAUCUGGUUUGAACACCAGACGGGCAGUGUGCUUGGUAUUUACACCUUUGCAACUGCCAUUGGAACCUAUCUUGGGCCUCUCAUCGGCGCAUACGUAUCAAGCGGCCUCGGCUGGCGAUGGAUCGGCUACGUAGGCACCAUCAUCUGCGGCAUCAGUCUGAUCGUCAUCUACUUUGGUCUCGAAGAGACGGAAUUCAACCGAGAUCGCUAUCUUACCGGCAAUGGCGAACGCUACCCCGUAGACGACGGUAACCGGACUGCCGCCACCGUGGUCCCAGAGAAGACCUCUGCACAGGCAUCAGCCAGAAACUCCGUCACCAUUGAAAGAGACCCAACCUCGGGCCAGGACGCUUCCGUCACCGAGAAGCAGCAGACCCCGCACCUCGCCGAGACGACGACGGGCACCGACCACGGAUCCAUGGUCUCGACUACCGCGCGUGACCGCAUGGCCUUCUCCUACUCCCGUCGCAAGACGUACUGGGACCGCAUCCGCAUCAUCACGCCGGCGCCGAACCUCCAGGGCACGGGAUUCAAGCAGUAUCUCUUCCGCCUCUGGCAUACCCUCCGAGUCUUCACUUUCCCGGCGGUAUGGUACGCGGGACUCCAGUGGGGUCUGCAGAACAUCUGCUUGACGUUCUACCUGACGGUCCAAGAGGACUGGUGGUAUGGCCCGCCGUGGAACUACUCUGCGGCUGCCGUGGGUAACAUGAACCUGCCAACGCUGAUUGGAAGUUUGAUCGGAUGUAUCUACGGCGGUUACGGAAGUGACCAGUUCAUGCUGUGGAUGAUCAAGCGGAACAAGGGCGUCAUGGAGUCUGAGUUUCGGCUGUAUCUGAUGGCGCUCUGCACGGUGAUCUUCCCGACGGGCAUGUGGCUUUUCGGCAUCGGGAGCGCGCGAGGCUGGGACUGGCCUGUUCCGUAUGUUGGGUUGGGCUUCAUCGGUUUCGGGUACGGCUGUGCCGGAGACUUGAGCUUGGCGUAUCUUGCCGAUUCUUUCCCUGAAAUGGUAUUGGAAGGCAUGGUAGGUGUGGCCGUCAUCAACAACACGAUUGCCAUGCUCUUCACCUUUGUGGCGAGCUACUGGCUGGACUCGGGCAUGGAGAACUGCUUCAUCGCCCUUGGGGUUCUCAGCUUCGUUAUCAUGGGGUUGAGCCUGCCGAUGAUCAUGUUCGGCAAGAGAUCGCGCCGGUGGGCCAAGGAUAGAUACCUGCGAUUUGUUGAUAUCCGUGACGGCUUUUCUAAGUAAGGAAAGAGGGGGGCCUGAAAGAUGCCUUUCGACGGCAUGAGGACGAGUGCAAACGGUAGCUAUGGGUCAAGUUUGGUCCAGUUGUCUACGUUGACGAGGCGUUUGCUCUGUGACUGCACGGUCAAAGAUGAUAGAAAGCCCUGGCGUCUUGGCUGGGCAUUAGGAUUCCACGUUUACAAAUGAGAAUAG